AUGACGUGUGAUAUGUCAUGCUUCUCGUCCUUGUCUGUCACCAUCCACGACGUCAAAUGGAGCUCACAGCCCUCACAGCAAGCUGACAAGAUCAGAUCUAAGUGCUUUCGCCUCUCUUCCGCUCAGCAAGCAUACCUGCACCAGGCUGCCAGCAUCGCGUCCAUGUCAAUCCGGAGCAGCCCGUCACGUGCUACCAAGCAAGAUACAGCUUACAAGAACAUAAUGGCAGCACGAACCAAGGCUCAGGGCCUCAUCAUCUCGAAAACACGAUGA